AGUAUCAUACUACUUCAGCAGCAGGAGAGUGGAGGGUGUAACGACAGAGUAAUAAAACAUAUUCUGUGCCCCCCACAAGGUUUUCUUGCCUGUCACUGAAACUAACUUUUACUAGCAUUUUGGAGGGCAUGCAUGUCUAUUUGAAUGUAUAUUUAGCACGGUGCAUUUCCUUCCUGCUCCUCAAUUAGGCUCUUUUUAAGAAGCUCAACUGUUUCACAAUUUAUAGCAUGGGAAGAGAAAUUCAGCUGGACCAGAUUAAUAUUUUCCUGGCAAAUUAAUCAGAGUGUCAACAGCUCUUCCUCAUAUAUCUCCUAGCUGCAGUGGUAAGUUAAAAUUCAAGCUGCCUCUAGUGUGAAGAGAGAAAUGGAAAAAAUUGGAUUCACAGGGCCUUUGGGUAUAUGAUAGAUUUUUCCAACCUCUAGCAUACGGUGGUGCUAGUACUUUAUUUUUCAGUAACUGUGUUGCUUCAUUUGACGGUCAUAUCAAGCUCCUACUUGCUGCCUGCAAGCGGAUCUCAUCAUAGCUGCAAAUCCAAGCAUACAUACAGCAGAAAUCCCUCAAUGGGAAAGACAUCUUCAUAUCUCAUGCUAUUGCUUUAUGUCUCAAAAUGAGAAGACCUGCUGCAACUCCAUUGUUCCUGUCAAAGUGGACUGCCAGCUGCUGAUUCCUCUUGGAGCUCCAAAUCAAGAUAUGCUACGUGUUCACUGCCACUGACGCUGACCAUGACCCUUCACACAAAAACCCCCGGUGUUGCCUUAAUGCACCAGAUACAAGGCAAUGAACUAGAGCCUCUCAACAGACCUCAGAUGAAGAUUCCUCUGGAACGACCCAUCAGUGAAAUGUAUGUGGACAGCAGCAAGACUGGGGUUUUUAACUACCCAGAAGGUUCUGUGUAUGAUUUUUCAACAGCCGCUCCGGUGUACAGCUCAACCAGCCUCACUUACGCCCCAACCACAGAGUCAUUUGGGUCGAGCAGCCUGGGAGGAUUUCAUUCUCUGAAUAACGUCCCUCCAAGCCCAGUAGUGUUUUUACAGACGGCACCGCAGCUCUCGCCUUUUAUUCAUCACCAUAAUCAGCAGGUCCCUUAUUACCUUGAGAAUGAACCAAACAGCUUUGCUAUGCGAGAAGCGGCUCCUACCGCAUUCUACAGGCCAGGCUCAGAUAACAGACGUCACAAUGGCAGGGAGCGAAUGGCCAGUACCAGUGAGAAGGGAAGUUUGCCCAUGGAAUCUACCAAGGAGACCCGCUACUGUGCCGUGUGCAAUGACUACGCUUCAGGUUACCAUUAUGGUGUUUGGUCCUGUGAGGGUUGCAAAGCCUUCUUCAAAAGAAGUAUUCAAGGUCACAAUGACUACAUGUGUCCUGCUACCAACCAAUGCACUAUUGAUAAGAACAGGAGGAAAAGCUGCCAGGCUUGCAGACUGCGGAAAUGCUAUGAAGUUGGAAUGAUGAAAGGUGGAAUUCGAAAAGACCGCAGAGGAGGCCGUAUGUUGAAACACAAACGUCAAAGAGAGGAAAAUGAUAGCAGGAAUGCAGGGGCUUUAACAGAGGCAAGGAGCACGGCUCUCUGGCCAAGUCCCCUGAUGAUCAAACAUAGCAAAAAGAACAGCCCAGCCUUGUCUCUGACUGCAGAUCAGAUGGUCAGUGCUUUGCUGGAAGCAGAGCCACCUGUCGUCUACUCAGAAUAUGACCCUAGCAGACCUUUCAAUGAAGCUUCAGUGAUGACACUGCUAACCAACCUCGCUGACAGAGAACUGGUGCACAUGAUCAACUGGGCAAAAAGAGUUCCAGGAUUUGUGGAUUUAGCACUCCAUGAUCAGGUCCAUCUGUUGGAAUGUGCCUGGUUAGAGAUACUGAUGGUUGGCUUGGUGUGGCGAUCGAUGGAGCAUCCAGGAAAACUGUUGUUUGCCCCUAACUUAUUAUUGGACAGGAGCCAUGGGAAAGUUGUUGAAGGUUUUGUGGAAAUAUUUGACAUGUUGCUGGCCACUUCUUCUCGCUUUCGAAUGAUGAAUGUACGGGGAGAAGAAUUUGUGUGCCUUAAAUCCAUCAUCUUACUCAAUUCCGGGAUCUAUACAUAUCUUUCCAGUACCUUAAAAUCAGUGGAGGAAAAGGAUCAUAUCCACCGUGUCCUAGAUAAAAUCACAGACACGUUGAUGCAUUUGAUGGCCAAAUCAGGCCUCUCUCUACAGCAGCAGCAUAGGCGACUGGCUCAGCUUCUUCUCAUCCUUUCCCAUAUCAGGCACAUGAGCAACAAGGGAAUGGAGCACCUUUAUAGCAUGAAGUGCAAGAACGUGGUUCCUCUAUAUGAUCUGUUGCUGGAGAUGCUAGAUGCUCACUGCUUGCAUGCCCCUGCAGCAAAAGGCGGCCCUCCAAGUGAAGAUGAUCCUCUAAAUCAGUUGGCCGUCCCAUCUCCUUCAAUGCAUUCCUUGCUACCUUGUUAUGUAAACAAGCAAGAAGAGGGAAAUGAGCAGGAAGCAAUUUGAGAGUCUACAUUUCAGUGAGCCCAGAUGUUUCUGAGAAUCCCAUCAGAAGACCACCAACUUCAGGCUUACCUGAACUUGUACCAUGUGUAAGCACUCCAGUCCUCACCAAUCACAAUUGCCAAACUGAUUGCUUAAUCCUUAAUGGAAGAACUUUUAAAAAUCAAUUUAAACACAACAGGGAGGUUGAGAAACAAUCCUUUGUGUUUGUGUUAAACGUAACACAGUCUACUAAUUGCUGUAGUCUUUGCUGGUUUUAAAAAAUAGGUGGUCUUUUGAGGGGAGGGGCACAAAAAUCUCAGCUGGGUUGAAGUACUGAUGUUUACAUGUCAUGUAUAUCAACUUUUUGUAAAUUUAAGAAUUUUAUCCCACAUACACUAAAAGUAAUGAUGGUGAAGAGCUCAGAUUUUGUUAUACUUCAAAUUCAUUCAUAUUUCAAGAAAGAGAAACAUGACAAAGGGAUGUAGUUUCUUCUUUUGGACUUUUUUCUUUCAGGGAUACAUUUAAUAUACAGCAAGAUGAAUUUUGAUAAACUCUUUAGACUGCUUGUUUUUCUUGACUUCAGCAAGAAAAACAAUCCCUUCAGUUAACUUGUUUUGGGGAGUGAGACUGAGGUAUUAGUUUGCCAUCCCAUUAUGGGUUUCACAUUAUAGUAAAGAUGGGCAAAUAGUUUCCUUUUCACAUGAAGAAUUCUUAGCUGGGCAGCUAAAGACAGAAGUCAAGUUCCUGCAUCAAACAUAUAUACAUAGUGCCAUAGCUACGUUUUAACUUCCCAUCUAACCCCGAAACACAUUUUAGAAGUCAGCCAUAUGCAGUGAUGGAGGUCUGUGCUACUACCAAGCAAGUUCCAUCAGCCCCCUUCUGCCCAAGAGCAACAUUGCUUGUUGGUGGCAGAGAGUUAGCCACAUCAUCUUGAAGUACCUCAAGUGGCACUAGCAUAGACUUCUAUUACUCCUGACUGGCUCUUAAGUUGGGUUUCUAUGUCAUUGGCAGUUGUGAUAACAGUGGCCUGCUUGCCAAUGAGAAUAUGAAGCAGUUAUGCUGCCCUGAAUAUAAUUUACAUCUUAAGUGAGUAACAGAAUACCAGUCAGAAUCGAUUAUAUGGAUCUUCUAAAUUCAAUAGUUCAAGAUUUCUAGUUCAAAACAAUAUGUGUGACAUAGUUGUUUGGGAGCCAUCUUCACUACGUCAGUUGUCAGUGGCAGUGGGAUUUUAAUAUAUAGCUAUUGGUUACAUUGCUCUGACCUCUUUUGGUCAGAAAGGAAAUUAAUACAUUUUGUGAACAGAAAGAUAUACUAAUCUAAUCCUGUGUAUAUGCAGGAUAUAAUAUGGGGGAAAGGCGCUCCAAUUCACAGAACUUAUAGCCAACAUGGCCACUUGCCGUGGUGAAUGGUAUGUUUUGGGAUGUUUUUCUCCCCCAGGGAACUCUCUCCAGCUCUGAUGUAAUGGAUAGACAAAUUCUGACCAUGAAAAAGAUGCUUCAGCUGCUAGCACCAAAGGAAGGUAUUGCAUUAGAGUGGAACCAAGAAUACAUUCUGUCCUUUCCACUUUUUUUUUUGCUAUUUUACAAUCCCAGUGAGCUGUAUGCUAAGGCAAGCAGCACCUACAUCCUUCAGGUGACUAAAUAAUUUGUUCUUAAAUUCUUGCUUUCUAAAUGUUGUCCUGUUUUCUAGCAGGUCUCCUAAUAUAGUCCAUACUUCACAGGAGAAGGCAAAUAACAUAUUUACUCGAGUCUAAUGCGCCACUGAAUCUAACGUGCGCCUUAAUUUACAAAACCCUGAAACCAAAAAAGUAUUUGCUGCCAAAUGUAAUGAACAGCGCAAAAAAAUGUGCUCUUUGUAAUUUGGCCAAAAACGGUGCACCUCACUGUUGCUGCCUGCUUAGAUUUCCCUUCAUUAUAAACAAUUGUGUUAGAACACCAAAGUUUCCACCAGUGGAAAGGAAAACCUUGGGGUGCCUCUGUGCUGUAGAAUCAAUCCACUUUGUUUUGGUUCAAUGCUAUGGAAUCCUGAGGGUUGUUGUUUAACAAAGCUUUGAGCCUUCUUUGACAAAGAAUGCUGGUACCUCACCAAACUACAAAUCCCAUGAUUACAUAGCAUUCAACCAUGGCCAUUUAAUUAGAGAUGACGUUCCUGAAGCAGCUUCCCAUUUUGCUUUGGCUCAGCACUAAUAUUACUGUAUGACACAAUUUUAAUGUGCACCCCAUUUUUUAAUGUGCACCCCAUCACUGAGUCAAAAAAGGUGAACAUUAAAUUUGCAAGUGAAUACAAUAAUUCAAGUUCCCUAAGCUUCACUUAUCUCAUUCAAUGAGCCCUCAUAUUUGUACAGAAAUGCAUUUGAGCUCUAUGUUUUGGUGGGUGGGGUGGGGGUCUACUGGCAGAAAGGAUGAGUGAAGUGAGUAAAGGACAAUUUGUAUUGCACUACAAGAGAGGUCACAUUCUGCCUUUUUUUGGCCAUGCACAUACUGACCCCAACCAAAGGGAUGAGAACAAAAUUAGGGCAGAACACACCUAAAUCUGCAGGUGAUCAUAAUUUGCUGCUUUUGAUAUGUAUUCUGUAUUUCUGUGCCAUGCCCCAAAGCUAGAGAAAGCAUUACAGCACUAAUGUCGUGAGUAGUUUUCAUCUCUUACUGAUUUAACAAUGCUUUCACCAAUGCCUAUAUCUUUCAGCUUCAUUUCUGGUGGCCUUGUUUUUUAUUAAUGUAAUGAAGUAUUUGUCUUUGUGCGAUCAAAAUGUAAAACUAAAAAAAAAAUCUAAGAAACUCUACCCAAAUGACUGGGGUCUACAAAGUGCCUUGUUAAAAAGGAUGCAUUUUUUUUAAUUUUGAAGUGCUCAUGUUGUAGCUUAUUUCUGUAUUAUUGAUGCACUUGUGUAUUGCACUGCAUGAUGUAUAGGUAAGAAGUCAAAUGUCUGGGGUGGGGCGUGAGUGGCUGGAUGGGUGGGGCACAAUUUAAAUAAGCAGCACAAUUUUCACCCUUUUGUAACCCGGACUUCACUGAAGUUGCAAUUCUGUAACACUUUCCUGAAAGUAAAUUUCAUUCAAUGUAUCAUCAAAGGCAUUCAUAGCCGGAAUCACUGGGUUGUUGUGAGUUUUCUGGGCUGUCUGAUCUCACAACCUCUGUGGAUGUCUGCCAUAGAUACAGGCAAAACGUCAAAAGAAAAUGCUUCUGGAACAUGGCCAUACAGCCCGGAAAACUCACAACAACCCAGUAAACCUCAUUCUAUUGAAUGGUACCAUCUGCUAAAUAUAUAUAGGACUGCAACUGUAAAAAAAAUUAAUGUCCUUAUUUUAUUGAAUUUUUUGCAAUGGGAUAAUUUUAGUUGUUUUUACUUGUUCCUUGUCAGCAGAGAGUGCUGAUCUGUGAACUGAAUUUCUUGUUCCACCUCCUCAGUUCAUUGCAGUGGAAAUGGCACUUUGAUUGAAGACAUCUAGAAGAUGCCAAAAGCCAUUCCCUCCUUGAAGGUGAACAGGGAUUAAUUUUUAGGCAAAGGACUCUAUGGAUGCAAUGGAAAGUCAACAUUGUAUUAAAGAAAAUCAUGGAUACAUCUGUCGAUUGGGAUAUAGCACAGACAGUCCUUUUAAGCUACCCAGCUAUCCUUUUAAGAAGCCACUUAUUUCGAUGGAUAGCUGCUUCCUUGGUUCUCCCAAGCAAUAGCCAUUCAAAUAAAUCUAAAUUAAUUUUAUUAAUCAACAAAAAAGUGGUUUUGGCAAAGAGCCACUGAAUGAAUUGCUUGGCUGGAGGAGUCAAAAGGCCAAAACAAAACAAAGAUCAGCAUCAAAGAGGGAGAGAAGAUUUUAUGGUUUUUACAUUUUCAAAACAUUUAUGAGAGAGGUCCAGCUUGGGGCCCAAGGGUAAGAUGUUUUUUAUCUGUUAAAAUUGUAAACUGUACGAAAAAUUUCUAGUUGUCAUUAUUGUUUGUUGAAAAGCAUUGUUUUAUCAUUAUUAUUGAAAGCACCUUAAAUAAUGCAGUGUGUUUGUUUGUGUGCAUAUAAUGCACACAUGCAGAGCUCACCUAUCAGACAACUGAAUGUAGCUGUUCUUUUAACCCAUUUAGCCGACUGAAAGACAACAAAAUCACUACAUUUUGUUUAUAUAAUUUCUGCUAUUUUAUCUCAUAUGCAAUCAUUGGUGCCUAAGGCUUAGCGAUUGUUAGAAAUCACUAUUUCAUAUCAAUUUUUUUUUACAAUACUCAUAGCAGCACUAUCUUACGAAAAACAAUAAGGAAACAAUUCUUCAAUGAAAUAAGGACAUCCAAGGCAGCUAAUUAUGCUUUUUACCAAAAUUGCAAAAAUCUUGCUCUGAGAGAUACCUGAUAGGACAUAAAGAGGUUUAUAAAAACAUUUAUACUUACAUUUGAAAAUUGCAACAUCUGCCUUAGGAAUAUAGGAAAUGUCAUGCUACAUGCCAAAUCUGAAGAGAGCCAAUGAGUUUGCCUUAUUGAAUAUCACUUAAGAGGCUCAAAAAGAGAAAAAAUGGUACUUUGUGUGGUUGCUUAUUUUAGUAGUGACAUUUUCCCUUCUUUCAAUGUGGGCUGAUUUUCUCAGAGUAUGACAGGUUUUCCUGUAUUCAGUGAUAUUGUGGGCACUUAUUUCAACAUAGUUCCUUUUGCAUAAGGUAGCCUACCUGUGGUCAUGUUCUGUGUGGCAGGGAAAUGAUCCUUUGUAUCCUCAUGCCACAAAGUACCAGUCCCUGACAUAUUCUGCUACACACACAAGAUGAAAAUUGAUCCACACUUCUGCCACUCUCAUGAAGGAAACAAACACUGGUAAAAACGGCCACACAAGUAUAAUGACAUUACCCACCAGAGCAGAAUAGGCCUUGGUUCCAUGAGACAUAAACAACCAAUUUGCUCUUCCAGACUCCAUCUAGCCAUAUUUUUACCAGCACAUUAUUGCAAGAAUGAGUGCAUCUCCACACCAAAGCUUCUUGUGCAGUACUAACACUUUAUAUGCAGUGGCACUCGUCUAUUCUUGGAUAUCGCUGGAAUGAGCUAAGGGAGAAGGAGCAAAAAUCCACAGCUGUGUCAUCCUGCUGUUAUUAUGCAGGAUGACUUUCCUUAAUAUGUUAUCAUACUUAACUUUUAAAACAUUUAAAACAACAAUUGCUCAGGAGUUGUGUGAGGAACAUAAUAACAGCCAUAGAUAUUAAACAGAUGCCUGUAGGUGGUUUAGUGCAGCCCCCUCUUACAAGAAUAUUCUUGGGCAUUGCACAAGGUGACAUCUAGUAUCUUCCUGUGUAAUGCUGGACAGCUCCCAGGCCCAGCUCUGGCCGCCUCGCUCACAGAUUGGCCAAGGAGAUGUUUCCGGGCAUUGUCUGACUACCUUUGUGGACCCAGAUUAGAAGGAACAAUCUUCAAGUCCAGAAGAGGAUAGUUAAGCUAACAGAGAUCUGAACACCUCCAGUGGUCCUCCUGGAUAUGAAUAAUUGCCCACUUUUCCUCUUAAUGGCAGAAUGUGCUGAGAAAUAAUGUCAAUGUAUUAUUUUUCUUGUUGAGGAACAGCAGUACUUAUUUAAUCCCAUAUCAUUUAGAUAGUUAUCAUUGCAGACAGUAAAGGAAAUGAGGGCAUAUACUGAAAUUGAAAGAGGCCCCAACAGUAGAGAAAGGACUUCCAUUGCUUGUU